AUGGACUACGAUCCGGAGGUUGGAGUGACCACGGAGCCACAGGACAAAGUGUCUGCGCUGAAGAGCCAGGUGGACGGAGUGAAAAACAUCAUGACGCAGAACGUGGACCGGAUCCUGGCGCGAGGAGAGCGACUCGACGACCUCAUGGGCAAAUCUGAAGACCUGCAGGCCGGGGCACAGACCUUCAAACAGACGUCCACCAAAGUCGCCCGCUCGUACUGGUGGAAGAACGUGAAGCUGGUGGUGAUCAUCGUGGUGGUGGUGGUCAUCAUCAUCCUCAUCAUCAUCCUCCUGGCCACUGGAGUCAUCCCGACCGGCUCAUCGAUCCCGCCCAUUGCCCCCACUCACAAGCCAUAA